UUGAUGACUUCCGCGUCGCUGUUGUGUGCAGUGGUGAUUGGAAGUGGAGUUCASUGAACAGCUCAGUGAAUGAUGGAGACAUAAGAGCUUUGCAGCGCUUCUUUUGUCUACACAUUAUCCCGAUCUGRUUUCUUGUUUUUAAAUGCUGAGAAGUCAGAGCGCUAGCUGGAAAAUACGAAGCCAAACCAGGGUAAAAACAAGCUAGCAUUUCAGCUAGCCACCUGAAAGGUGAUCACUGUCAGUGGCURAAGAGCGAUUUAAUGAAGGAUGGAUCUUCUCUGGGAAAUAAUUCAAGUUCUCGGAGUAUUGGCAGUUCUUGGUUUGAUUGUGGUGCUCAUGAUCGCACACCUGACUGCAGGGAUGCUGAACGUGAAACGACACAACAAAGAGAAACACUUCCUCACAGCCUCAGGAGAGAAGCAGCUCUUCCCAAGCCUUCACGAUCCCUCCUCCAGGGAUCUGUCUGUGGUGGUCCCUGCUUACAACGAGGAGCGCCGAAUGCCUGUGAUGCUGGAUGAAGCCAUGGAUUUCUUGGAAAACAAACAGAAACAAAACCCUUCUUUCACUUAUGAGGUCAUUGUGGUUGAUGAUGGCAGCAAAGACAAAACCACAGAGGUUGCUUUUCGCUACACCAAGAAGUACAGCGCAGAUAAAGUGCGAGUGCUGACACUAGUGAAGAACAGAGGGAAAGGUGGAGCCGUACGGAUGGGAACUCUGAGCUCCAGAGGGAAACUCAUCCUGAUGGCAGACGCUGACGGAGCCACAAAGUUUUGUGACGUGGAGAAAGUAGAAGCCGGACUCAAAAACCUCAACGCCGGACCGGAGAACUUGGCCAUCUCCUGUGGUUCCAGAGCUCACCUGGAGAAAGAAGCUGUUGCUCAGCGGUCUAUGUUUCGUACAUUCCUCAUGUACGGCUUCCACUUCCUGGUGUGGUUCUUCUGUGUGAAGGGGAUUCGGGACACACAGUGUGGCUUCAAGCUGUUCACGCGUGAAGCUGCGCUCAAGACCUUCUCCUGCCUCCAUGUAGAGCGAUGGGCUUUUGAUGUGGAGCUCUUGUACAUCGCUCAGUGUUUUAAAAUCCCAAUAGCAGAGGUGGCAGUUAACUGGACGGAAGUAGAAGGGUCCAAGCUGGUCCCGUUCUGGAGCUGGCUGCAAAUGGGGCGGGACCUGAUUCUCAUUCGCCUGCGCUACAUCACCGGAGCCUGGAAACUGCAGUCACCUCUUAAGACUGAUUAGCCAAUCAGAGACGGGAUGUUAAAAAAGACCCUACUUUCAGUGACGAGGGAUUUCUGACUCUGUCCAUUUUUAUUUUUUAUUUUUAUUUCUUAAGAAGUGAAGCAAUGACACUGUUAUUGAGUUCCUCAUCAUCCUGCCUUUAUGUGGAUAAUAAUGGCUUUUUAUAGCUACUGUUACACACAUUUCUGUCACCACAACUCAUAUAAUGUCUGGAUGGAUGGUGGAGGAUGAGGGUUAUAUUGUGCCUGAUCAGCUGUAAAUGAGGAUUGUGGUGAACUGAUCCUCUUACGUUGUUAUUUUCACAAGGAUAUGAUUUUUGUUUUCAAAGAAACACGACAGUGAUGGGCUGAGAAACUUGAAACAAAAUAAAAUACAUACUUUUCAUCAGUGACCUGGUGUAACAGCUGUAGGGGUCCAUUUAUCAGAUGCAGACAGCCGAUUGGAGCAGUUUCUUAUUCUCCAUGAUUUAUUACAAAAUAUUGAAAUGUUGCCUUUUUUUCAAAACAAAAGUAGAUGAAAACCUCAUGACAAAUGCACGCAACAGAUUUGUGUUCUCAUUUAAAAAGACUUGAUCUCUGUUUAGUUUAAACUGCUGCUGUUAUGUUCCAUAAUUACGUCAUAUAUUUAAGCUAAAUAAGCUAUUGUGCAAAAGCAGCAUUAAUUCUGUAUUUUGGAUGUAGUGAGUUAAUUUUAUUUUACAUUUAUCUUCAUACACACUGCAUGAUGAGACAUGACAUCAUACUACAACUCAACUCGUUCCAACUAGUUAGAAUUAAAGUUUCUGGCUUUACCCAGAGGAAAAUUCAAGACGUAAAUGAAGCAUGGCUUCUCUUUUUCAAACUUAUUUGAUUUAAAAGGAACCUGAAAUUUUCUGGACUGCUUUGUUUCACCGCCAUAUUUGUCUUUUAAUCAUCCUCUGUGCACAGAACAGGGACGAGCUCAGCCAGCGUUUUUGUGGUGGCACUAAAUGAGCUCUAAYAGUGAUGUUUUCUUACACGAGCCUGAGGUCUAAAUGAUGUCUCUGGAGCCUGAAGGAGCCCCUGGGGAGUGCAUCCUGUUUGUGUCCUGUCCUCCAGGAACAGACAAGAGACACAAGCGGGUGAAUCAUCAUCAGCUGUGCGUUUCUUGCUUCCUGUCCCUGGAAUCAGCUUUGUGUCACAAAAAGAGGAUGAGAUGUGUUCCUGUUUGUUUUAGUUGUUUUUCCUACUCUUGUUAAAUCAGCUCCACCUGAUCUGCAAACAAGUGUCUUUUAAAAAAAAAAACAAUGGUGUGCUCAUUGCAGCAUCACUUUGGAAAGUCUUUAUUUAAUGCCACAGAUAUUGAUUCAGAUUAUGACUUGAUCCUUUACCUGGUGGGCAUAGCCCUGUUUUAUUUUAUUUAUAUAUUUAUAUUGUAUUUCCUGACUGKGGUGGCAGGGUGGUUAGGACUCACAGCAGUUGCUGUAAACUGUGAAAAUGUCAAACUUGUAGACUCUSUGUCGCCAGCCGAGUCUGCGUCAUUAACUGGACCAGGCACGGCACUCCCGAUAAAGGAUUGUAUCCAUCCGCAAGAAGAAAGACAUCCGUGUGGAUUAAAAAAAAAA